AACUUAUUAAAUAGAUCAAAUUGUAUUUGAAAUGGAAGGUGACUGCGGCGGUGAUAAUAAUGGCGGAUGGGACGAGGAAGAGUGGCACCCGCCCACCGAGGCAGAGAUGAAAGUGAUCCAGGCGAGGAGAGAGAGGAGCGACAAGGUGAGCAAGAUCAUGGGUCAAUACUUGCUGAAGGGACACAGGAUGUUGGACAGUGUAUGUCCCACCUGCUCCUGUAUACUCCUCCGGCUCCUCCCCUCGAACAGUCUCCACUGUGUCUCAUGUGUUGAUCUCGACUCUGAGAUCAAAAAGGACGACCCCGCUCUCAAUUCGGCUGCUGCGUCGUCGACCGUAACUGAAGAGCAGCACAGAGAUAAAGACUCAACUGCGAACGCAACUUCUUCUGAAAGAGAUCACAGAUGCUACUCUUAUUCAACAGCCUCAUAUACCACCAUCUCAACUAGUUUCAAGCGGACUCAAUCCAACACGACCAAUAGUUCCUCAGCCUCUAUUUCUAGUUUCCAUUUAGGUGCCCCAAAGACUAAAUUGGCUUUGAAGCAAGAAGUGAGCGAAGUUGAAGAACACGCGACUGGGUCUGCGGUAAGAGCCGAACCGGAGAAUCUCUCACGAUCACAAUUGACAGCGGUGCACGACAUUCCAGCUGCUGCAAAUAGUAACAAAGCCGACCUUGCAGCACCUAUGAGCAAACAUAAUGUCGAGGAACCGACAACGUCGAUGCACAACCCAGUUUCUGCAGUAUCUAUUGGCGAGGAGUCUUUUCACUUGGGAGACGAGAUUCGGCGAGUAUCUCGGGUUGAUUCGAUUGAUAAUUUUUCGGAGAUGAGUAAAAUUGCAUUGCAAACGACCAUAUCCAAUUUGACUUUACAGCUACAGAAAGUAAACAGAUGCCUCUCAAACUUUGAUGAUGUUGAUCCUGUUUUUGGAUUUUCAAGCUCCUAUUUUGAAUUGUUAAAUGUUGUUUCUAAACUAAGUCAGUCGCUCAGUUCUGCUGCUGAAGCGUACAAUCGCCUGGGUGAAAUUUAAUUUUUGCUUGCAAUAAUUUGUGAAAUAUCUUCAAGUCACAAAAGUUGAUAAAUUAAGAAAAAUGGACAAUGACUGAAUUGGUUGUGAACAAAAUGAUUUUUUGAGAUUUUCUGUUUUUUUGCUCAAAUGUUGAAAAAUAAACACCUUAUUUUGUGUGAAUGAGCACAAUAACUGUGAACUUAUUUAUUGACUGUUUGUAAAUGUCUGUUCCAUCGAUAGUGAAGUUAAAUCUAGCGGUACUUGGAUUUCAAAUAAAGUAUAAAUUUUGAAAUUCUCGCUGAAAUAAAACGUAUACAUUG